UAACCAAAUCCUUUCGACGAGAGCUGUGCUGGCUGGCUGUCUGUCUGUCUGGCUGUCUGUCUGUCUGGGACGUCACCGAAAGGAAAAGAACCGCGGGGGCUGCCGCUCUUGUUUUGUCUCCGAUGACCUAACAUUUUUUUAACCACUUCCUUCCACACCACUUCUUUCAUUAUGUUGAUCUGUGAAGUGGAACGUAAUGCUUGCAGAGUAGAGAGGUCAGGGGCUCCCACUGCCUAGAUACAUACAGUCUAAUAUUAGAACAUUUCCUUGAUUUGUUAGCAGCAUCUCUGCUGAUUCCUAAGCACAUGGCAACAAGCGGGCCAAUAGAAUUUCAAGAGCCCGCUAAGCACCUCGCUCUGUAUAGCAACAGUGGCAUCCUUCUUUUAUUUAUUUAUUUUAGAGCUUUUUUUUUUUUUUCUUUCCCCUCUCUCCCGCCGAUUCAUUCUCAUGCUUCUGACUCCCAGUGAGCUGGCACACUAUGCUCUUCAACUGUGAAAAAGAGUUCCAGUCAGAAGAGAGCAGUGCUGCGUUUACCUUUCUUUACUUAGAAAAUAGCAACAUUUUUUUAGUUUCUUUUUGUUGUUGUUCUGAUCUACUCUCAAAUGUCAGCAUUUUUACCUGCCACUCCAGAAAAGUUUCUUUAUUUUCAGCCAAAAAAAAUAAACAAAAAAUGGGCUUAGUCCUGGAAAAGUCUGGAAAAGAAUUCUAAGGACAGGAAGUGUCACUGGAGGGAAAAAAAAAUGACAUACCCAGGAGGAAUGACAUCACGGCAAGAAGUUGUAUUCAGAUGGGAUAUACACACAUCGGGAGGAGAGGAUUUUCAAAGAUGGAGGAUACAGGAGAAGAGGCGGUACAGGAUAGGAGGAGCGGAAGGACAUAAGAUGGCGUGAGGACCCAAGCCGGUGGUUGGUUUGAUCGGAGCCACGUGUGCGUCCGGCCGGCCACGUCUCUUCGCCGCUUCAUGGAUGUCGACGAAACGUUUGCUGAUGGCCGCUCUCCGCAGUCCUGGACCGGGCUGUUCACCGGUCACUUUCAAGCAACUCAUAUCUAAAUGAGCCAAUCAUAGCACAAAACUACGAAAAUGACUUCAAAUGCAAACGGCACUGGCUGGAUCAAGCUCUACUGACUGUCAGUCUGCUCAAGGAUGUGGUUCAAUGACAAAUUGAGGCAGAAGAAUGAGCACUACCUCCUGAACAAAUGGCAUUUGUGAAAUCUGCAAAUCUGUCUCCCUCUCCAUCGUUGGCCAUGAGUGUAACUGGCAGGUGAUAGAUAAUCUAGCAUGUGAUCAACGGAAUUGAGGAACCCCAGCGUCCUGCCGCUACACCACCUCAAUUCAAUUUUGUCGGGGAAAAUGGCAGAUGCAGGUUUCCACCUCCGGACAGCAGACAAGUUCCAGGCUGCAGAUUUGCUGACGUCACCGUUUGCAGCACUCAAUCUUGUGGAAGAGAAGAGCGAGCAAACGGGGGAUGAGCCCCAAUCCCAUUCCGCGUGUCCUCCCAUCACGUCAUCGACAUCCAGCCAGUCACCACAGGAGACCGGGAUGAUGUGUUCAGCUUCAUGCUCCAAUCCGUCAUCAGCAGAUCAAGUGUUCUUGGAGACAAAGAUGAACAGAAAUGACAGCCAGGCUGAGUCUCUGACAGCUUUUGUGCAGGACCUUACCACCAUCGCUGAUGCUGAUAAUGAUGUGUUCCAAGACUUGGGAAAGGAAGACGGGAUCCAAGCCAGCUUCAUCAGCAAAGCAAUGGCACCAUGCGAUUCCUGCUCUGAACAGCUGGUUGAUGCAGAGUGGUAUUGGGGCAACAUCUCAAGAGAUGAAGUGAAUGGAAUGAUGAGAAACACACCCGAUGGCACAUUCUUGGUGCGUGAUGCUUCCAACAAGGUCAAGGGAGAAUAUACACUCACGCUGAGGAAAAACGGCUCCAAUAGACUGAUAAAAAUUUUCCACGAUGGAGGAAGGUACGGCUUCUCCGAGCCGUUGACCUUCCAUUCUGUGGUGGACCUUAUUCAGUAUUACCAGAACAGGUCACUGGCCCAGUACAAUUCCAAACUGGACACACGGCUGUUGUUUCCCAUCUCUAAAUAUAUGCAGCAAGCUGUGAUGGAGCUUGACAUGGAUGCGGUGAGAGAACGCCUCAAGGUAUUUCAGGGCCAAUACGAAGGGAAGAGCAAAGAGUAUGACCGUCUCUAUGAGGAGCUCAACCAAACAUCACAGGAAUUGCAGACUAAAAGGAUGGCCAUUGAGGCAUUCAGCGAAAUCAUUCGGAUUUUUGAGGAGGAGUGUGAAACGCACGAACGCUACAGCAAGGAAUACAUCGACAUGUUCUUCAAAUUAGACAACAGCACGGAGACUGACAAGCUGCAAAACAACCCUGACGAGCUGCAAUCCAGAGUGGAGGAAAUCCAUAACAGCAAAAUAAAGUUGGAGGAGGAAUUAAGGAGGAAGGUGCUUGCCCACAUGGAGCUUGACAGGAAAUUAAACCACUUGAAACCGGACCUUGUGCACCUCAGGAGGAUCAGAGAUCAAUAUUUGUUCUGGCUUUCUCAGCAAGGAACCAGGCAGAGCCAGAUUGAUGACUGGCUCGGUGUACGCAAUGAAGAAGACCCGUACACUCUAGCAGACGAUACCCACCGCGAAGAGCGGACAUGGUACGUGGGAGGUAUGACUCGGAAGCAGGCCGAGGAGCUUCUGGAAGGCAAACGAGACGGCACUUUCCUCAUCAGAGAUAGCCAAAGUCAAAAAGGAUCCUUUGCCUGCUCUGUUGUUGUGGACGGGCACGUGAAGCACUGUGUGAUCAACAGGACGUCCACAGGCUACGGCUUUGCUGAGCCCUACAACUUGUACUCGUCACUCAGAGAGCUGGUCCUCCACUAUCAGCACACAUCCCUGAUCCAACACAACCAGCAGCUGAAUGUAACCCUGGCCUGGCCUGCUCUCAGCCAGCAGCCCAGCUGAGAAACCACCAGCACGUCACACUGAUAGCACUUUCUCAACGCUUCACUGUAUUAUGGGCACUCGGAAAAAGACAACGACAAAAAAAAAGAUGAGGGACAUCUUUAACCAGCUCAAACUAAAAAAAAAAAAGUAGUGUUUUUACGAUUUCAAUGUGAUUUUUUUUUUUACAUACUGUAUAUGACCAACAAUCCUAUAAAUAUAAGUCACAUCAAAAUACUAAAAAUAGACCUAAUUUUGAAUGCUCCAAAUAGUUUACUGUAAAUGAUCAAAUAUGUUAAGUUGAUUAAAUUCUGUUUUUUUGAGUGGGUCGAUAAAGAAAAAAUUAGGACAACAGGUCAGAACUGUCUUAGAUAUAAAUGACAUUUUGAAAAAAAGCCCCAGAAAGGUUUAUUAAAUGAUUAAAAUGUAUUGCAAUUAUUCUUUCAGCCACUUCAUGUCUACUUAACAUAUUCAUUUAUUUUAAUGUAAAUUAAAAUACUCAGAAAUAAUUACAAAUAUUCUAAUCUCAGACAGAUUUCACAAGUAUAAUCAAAACAAAGAUUUUGUAAAAAUAAGACUUACAAAUCUUCCCCCCAUUUAUUUGUGUAGGUGAUUUGUAAAGAUUAGUUAUAAUUGAAUUGACCCACCAAAAAUGCAAGAUUUUAAUCCAACUAAAUAUUCUUCCUUUAAAUUAUGCCUGUGUGUGGUAAGCAUGGAAUUUCUUUCAUAAAAUUAGGUAUAGUGUCUAAGAUAAGAACAUUCUUUAGUGUAAGAAAAAAAAAAAGAAAAGAAAAUCCACUUUAGAGUAAUGUUUAGUCUGUGUUGUAUGUUAAGUCACACAAGACGAUGAUGUCAAAGUGCGCUCGUUGCAGCACUGUGAGAAGUUCAAACACGAUGACUAGGGUGCUCCGUCCCAUUUGAAGUAUUAAAAUAAGGAGAUGAGAUGAGAAGCAGAAUAAUGAAAUGAUUCCAAAGGACAUAAGUAGGGAAAAAAAAUUACAAUUUGAGCUACUAAAGCGUUUGACUGAUUCCAAUGCAUCCAGGUUAUAAGAUUUGAGCUGGAGAAAGUAAUCCAGGAAAUUCUGGAUUAAAAGUGCCUUUGGGUGGUUUUUGUAAUGAUAUUUCCAUUUGCACAGGAAAAGCACAAGAAAAGGUCCAUUAGAUUUAUUGCAAGUUUAGCUUUCAGCUCAGUCACGACUUCCACUUUUAAGGAAGCUUUUGAAUUUUGUUGAUGAGCAGGUUUGAAAUCCAAUUGGAGUGUUAGGAGGAGUUCUUUCAAGCAUUUGUGAGGUACAAUCAAAACAGCGCUCGAUUCUUCGUCUCUUUCGAAAUGUGUUUACAUGUCAGAUCUGUCUGUCAGCCCUGGACAAGUUUGCUCUCCUUGAUUGUGCUCUGAGUGGAGGUGGACUGGUGCUCAUCAAAUUACAUUCAAUUAUUUAUUUUUAAAUAGUAAUAAACUAACACCGUCAAGUCUUAUGGAUGACUUAAAUGGAAAAGUAGAAAUAUAUUCAUUAAUACAGUAUGUUCUCAAAUCUGAAGCUGUUUUUAUUAUUAGCAAGCUGCAAAUGGUGUUUUGUCAGGGUUCCUAAAAGGUUGCAAACAGUUGCAAGUAGAUUUUAAUUGAAAAAAAGUCUGGCAAAAGUCUUUCGCAAGUGUAUACAGGCAAGUGUAUCAACAUUCAGGCCGUGCUCAAAGCCUCGCUAACCUUGGCUGCUCGGUGAGAUACAAGCUUGUCCCCGUGGACUGAACAAUAUUGUGUGCAGUGAGUCUUGAAGCUCCAGUCAAGAUGUGAACUUUGUUAUUCUGUUGAGAGGAGAGGAGAGCAGUGCUAUGAAACAAACAGCACUUGUCUCUGGUUAUAGAAAAAAAUAUAUACUAAUAACGACCUACAAUGAUGGAAAAUGGUACACCAUGUGACACUUUAUUUUUCUCCAUUAUCAAUAUCUGCAAGUGUCAGAAAUAAUCCUACAACAUUCCUAGGAAAUUACAAUAUUAAGACCGUGGGAUGCUCGUGUGGUCGUAGGUCGCCUCUGUCAUAUAAAAAAAAAAAAAAGAAAAUCCUCAUCUAUGGGAAGUUGUGAUACAAACCCACUGCUUGUAUUCUUGUUUCUCUUCUACAUGAUCAUAUAUCGAAAUGUGAGUUAGUGCUUGAUGAAAGAAAAUAUAUCAAAUAUGUCUGCACAUUACAGGACUUGCACAGCAACUCUAAAACAGGAGAAGCACAGAAUUUGCACUAAAGCAUCUCAAGUGAUGUAGAUGAUGAUGGCCGCCGUUCAUGCCAUCAAGUCGUGUUAUUUGUCUUUCAUGAAGCAAGCCGAUUUGUGAUGGUGCUAAAUGUGUCAUGUGACUGACAGAGGAAUUCCGAGACAGUGUUUUCACCAUUUUCCUAACAAUAUUUCAUUUGACAUAGACAACUUUGUAUUUGUGGAGUUUCUCUUUCUGUUGGUGUAGUGUUUCAUAACCUUUUCAUUAUUGUGGGAAAAAAGUAGCAUAGUUCAAAUGAUCACUUUGCUUUCUGGUACACAAUAGCCAGUAGAAGUUCACUGUACUUGCCAUGUGCAUGACAAGACUUUAUUUAAAAAGGGUAGCCAUUGAAAUGUUCUUUCAAAUACCUCUUAUUUUUCUUGCAGGUUAAAAAAAAAAAUCACAAUGCUCAGGCCUUUAAAUUGGGUUUAGUUUGUGGUGUGGACGAUUAAAAUGAUGAAAUAUUGAACUCGACGGAAUCAAAUUUAUUUUUAUUAUAUUGUACAACUGGGAAGGGUCACUACAAGUCAUGGGAUUGUCAAGCUUUUUAGAGUUUGUUAGAUGUUAUCUUUGAGGAGUUUGGAAUAUUUGAAAAGGUCUAAUGGUUAAUAAAAGUGAUUCAACGAGAAAUGUUAUCUUGCAUUUUGUCAAGCAAUUUGUACAACAACAAAUCCAUAUGACAAAUGGGAAGAAAAAAAAUCCCCCGUGCUGGUUUCAGUUUGAACUGUGUAUACAAUCAAAUACCUCUUCGUGUUUCUGUGACUUUGGCUUGUUGCUGUUGUGACUGUAGAAAUGUGUCUCUCUGCUUUCAUCCAAAUCAUUUAGCUGCACUGAAUAGUUUUUUUGCUGUGAAGAAAUAUAUGUUCAUGUCAAUGUUGGUUUACUAUUUGAAUUAUGCAAUGACACUGUGCGUUGUGUCGCGGUAGCUUGUCUUUCUUUUUAGAAGUCAGUCAUAUGAAGAAAUGUGCUGGUUUAAAAUGUUUUAGUUCCUUGCCUUCCUUUGUCCAUGUAUGCACUUUAACUACCAAAUAAAGUCGAGAUUAUAAA